UUUCCCUCGAAGCACGCUUGUUUCAAGAUGGCGGAUGUUCUUGAUGUUGAUGUAGACAAGCCAGAAUUCUUUGAUGAUGAAGGAGAAGACGAUGUACAAAGAGUGAAACAAGGGGCGAAAAAGCGCAAAGGUCGUGGAUUCGCAGGAGAUAGUGCUUCAAAGAAUGAGGAUACUUACGACUCGUUAGAGGCUGGACAAAGUGGUGAAACAGGACCCGCCAGAUCUGUGGAAGGAUGGAUUUUAUUUGUUACAAAUAUUCAUGAAGAAGCUCAAGAAGAUGACGUCCAUGAACUUUUCUCUGACCAUGGAGAAAUUAAAAAUCUACACGUUAACCUUGACCGAAGAACAGGAUUCCUCAAGGGAUAUGCUUUAGUUGAAUACGAGACGUUCAAGGAAGCGCAAAGUGCCCUGGAAGCUUUAAAUGGUACAGAAUUACUGGAACAAACGAUCACUGUUGACUGGGCUUUUGUACGUGGACCAAAUAAAAAGAGCAGGGGAGGAAGAAGACGCAGAGAUUCAAGCCCUUAGAAGUGUUAUAAAACCAUACGAAGCGUUUUGUAAUUUUUUUAUUUUACGUUAUCUUUUGUCUUGUCGUAAAGAUGCUUACUUUAAGGAAGUAACUUAAAUAUUGUAAAAUCAGUAUUGACUUUUGUUUUUACUCGCUCGGAUUAUCUUUCCUUUCCUCUUCAUCCUUUGAAUAUUAAUAUUCUAAAGCAACCAGAAUGAAUCUAUUAGUUAUGAUUUUAUUCAAGCACUUUAGCUCUUCAACAGGCUGUAUUUGAUGAUAAUCUUAAAAUUAUACGAUAAAAGAUAGAAUUUAUUUCUAAGUUUCAAGCUAUAUUAUGAUUAACUCUAACAAGUAUUCUCACAUCUGUCAUUGUAGAACAUAAACUAGUUAAUCGUUCCAAAGGAUACCUUCUCUGCAAAGUUGUAUUUAAAAUAAAUCAGUUUUUCCAUUACGUUUAUUUACAUAAACACUAACGUCCAUUACGUGA